AUCAACGACAUUAAUUAAUGUUAGUAACAGGACACUUAUUACCGGAACAUGGCACGUGUACGAAAGCGCCGAGCUGCCGUGGAGACGCGAGUCCAGGCUGAAGCCAGGCUGUGCGGUGCUACCCAUAUUUAAAUAUGUCAGGCUAGCGCAAUACUCAACUCACUACCAUGUUGUCUUUGAAAGCCGCCGCACUUGUAUUAGCUGCCAGUGCAACCGUUCAGGGACUCCAGCUCUUGAAACCGAGUCCUGGAGGCUGCCAUGGUUCCAAGGCUGUCCUCAAGGCUGGGGGGGCAGCAAAUAUUUCGUGGAUCGUAGAGUCAGGCGAUCCGGAGUCAAUUACUUUUCAGCUUCAGAAUGACUUGACACUCGAUUCGUGGCAGGUAGCCACCAACGUCGAGACCGCUCGCGGAUCCGUACAGUGGAAGGUGGAUGACGAUGUUACGCAAAGUGAUAUGUAUUACCUGCAAGCUACACAUACUGAUGACAUCCGAGAUGUCAUCACUACGAGCCCGCUGUUCCAAGUUCAUGGGGAACCACCUUCUGCAACUUGGACCGUGGAUGGCGCUGUUAACACCUCCGUACCCUCUAGUUCCAAGGGUGGAUGCAAAUUCUCGGCUUCUAAGAACCACCUUAUUGGAGGUGUCAGUGUCGUGCUGUUCUGUGGACUCGCAUUCUUCCAUAUUCGACGCUUCCGUCUUCGCCGUCGCCAGGCAAGGGAGCAAUAUGUCGCCUUGCCUGUUACUGUUGACUCGCCAGGAAAGCAAGGAUAUUGAUUGUGAUGUUGUGCGCAGGACUCUGACUGUAAAGUACAACUUGUCAUUUUUCGAACCUAUUGAAUACAUCUUACAUGUACAUCACAUGAA